AUUGUGGAUUAUCCUAAUACAACCCCCCCCUUUUCCUUUCUCAGUCAGGAUAUUCACCGUCCUGCGAAGGGAUUAAGAGCAAACCAAGUGCUGAUGGGCCGUACCAUCCUCGGCUGGAGGAUAUAAAUGAGGAGAAAGGGUUAGAUAUUAGGCAUACAGAUGUUGCAGUUGAGCCUGUGUGUGUUUUUGUGAAGAUGUGGGUAUAAAAAUUCAUUUUCUACUGUGUUGUGUGUCAGACAAGUCUCUUCUCCAGCAUGAUCACUCUGGCCUGCUGUGUUCCAAUUAGAUCAAGAGCGGUGUCGAAUCUGGACGUUGAGAGUAAGUUAACAUCUCACUAUCAAGCCCCAUGGCACCAGCAGCACAGCGUGUUUCACCCCAGCACACGGCAGCCAUGUCUGGAAGAGCUGCACCGCCAUGCCCAGUUCAGUCUACGGGCACUGCACAGAGAGCAGCGUCAGCGUUCAACCAGCAGAGAGCGCAAUCGGGUCACCAUAUCCAUCUCGGUGGCUCCGCCCAUGCCCACAUUCCCCUCCCCUCACUCCAUCAGGAGACAGGACCAGAGGAGUCGACACUCACAUAUGGUAAGCGUUAUUACAGUUAUAGUACUAGCGUCUAGAAUGGCGCUUGGGCUUUGUCUCUUGAUUGAGAUUGGCGGAAACCUGCUCUUCUGGAGACUCUUCUGGUUCUUGAUACGUUUAUCAUUUCCCAUAAUGCAGCAGGAGAGACCUUCGAGGGAGGUGGAGUCUCAGCCAGCACAGAGAAAGCAUGAGCGUUCUCGUCCCACCUCCCCUACAACGUGUUGCGUGUUCAUCCCCUGGAUGCGAAAGGUUGGAACCAAUACAAAUACAGACGGGGAGUUGGUGGCUCUGGGCCACAGACCGAAGUGUCCCAUUCCCAACGUUCCCACGACACUGGACAAGCAGACCAACUGGUCGAAAGCCCUUCCACUCCCCACACCAGAUGAAAGGGUGAAGAAUGAGUCUCAAGUCAUCUCAUCCUGCAUCAUCCCUAUCAAUGUUACUGGUGCAGGCUUUGACCGAGAAGCCAGUGCUCGCUGUUCGUUGGUUCAUUCCCAGUCUGUGCUGCAGCGGCGAAGGAAACUAAGGAGGCGGAAAACUAUCACAGGCAUUCCCAGACGAGUGCAACAAGACAUGGACUCAGAUGAAUCUCCUGUGGCCAGAGAACGAUCUACGGUAGCCCACGGCAACCAACACAUGUCCCUGUACCAGGAGGAGUUGUCACUUAGUGGCCGGACACUAAACACCAAGGACUCUGGCUGCCAGACCGAUGACUUCUUGAUUGCUGCUCCGUCCCGUAGGCGUAUCCGUGCACAGAGGGGCCAAGGAAUUCCGGCUUCCCUCUCCCACUCCACUGGUAAUAUCACUUCAUUACCAGAUCGUUCGGAUCCAACCUACACCACUGCUUUGGGCACUCGUCUGCGUUCAAGAAGUUUGCCCCGAGAAGGAAGUCGGCUCCGGGACAAUGAGCAAGAUGACAGCGAUGAUGAUGAUGAUGAUGAUGAUGAUGAGGAAGAUGACGAAGAGCUCUCUCCUUAUGAGCCUGAGGACUUCCUGCCAGGUCCAGGACGGAGGAUGCUCAAGGAUGAGGAGGAGAGCACAGAUGACCAAGCCAUGCCAGAGCUCCAGUUGGAAAGUUUAAAGCGGAUACAGCAUGGAGGUAGUCCUGAAAAUGCUUGGAUUGAGAGGGGUAGGUCUCGGCUUCCGCGUAACUCUGACAUGGGAAGCUGUGAGAUCUCCUCCAGCUCAGACACCUUCAGCAGCCCCAUCCACUCUGUCUCGACCACAGGUGUGCUUGGCAGCCAAAUUGACCACAAAGAAGACCAUCAGUCUUCGAGUGGAAACUGGAGCGGAAGCAGCUCAACAUGCCCUUCACAGACCUCAGAAACACUACCACCAGCUGCCUCACCUCCCUUGACUGGUUCUUCACACUGUGAUUCAGAACUGUCUCUCAACACUGGGUCUCAUAUAAUUGACGAUACUACUGGCUUCAUUAUUGACCCCUACCACAUGGACAGGUCACAAGGUCAGGGACACAGGUCUAGUUCAUUCACUUCUUCAGCUACAGAUCAGAUGGAUGAUGCAGGUGUUAGUACUGCUAGUGAUGGGGAGUGGAACUGCAACCAGGACCAGCAGGAUCAACCCUGUCCUCCAGACUUUAGCCCAAAGCGCUCUCGGGAAGAUGAGAGUGGCAUAAGUUGUCCCAGUUAUUCUAGUGGAGAAACUUAUGAAUGCUUUAGUGGGCAAACUUCGGGUGAAAUAUUAGAGAGCUCUACACAUUACACUGUUGACACGGAAGGCUUCUACACCUCUGUUCACUUGGACUGUGGUUUUAAAGGUAGCAGAAGCUAUUGCAACUAUGCAGCCAUUGACCCCGACUGUGGCCCAAGUGGGAACAUUGCACCUGGCAUGGGUGAAUACCCUCAACCAGAUUACAAGGGAGCGAGUACACUUGGAAGAGGGUGUCUUUCUUUAAGAAAACCAAAGGCUAAGCCACCCCCACCAAAACGUAGCUCUUCUUUAAAGGAAACGAACAGCAGUGUGGAUGUUCAAGAGCAGAAUGAACCAAAGAUUACUAGUGAGCUGCCCCUGCCUUUGUCUUCCAGGGAGAUGAAGCUGCAGCUGGAGUUGGCUGGUUCUGACAGGCACCUUGACACUGCAGGUCUCUGUGACAAGCAGCUUGGCACCUGGGGUGUAGAGAAUAUCAGAGAAAUGCUAGACUGCUCCUCUCCAUUUAGUUCUUCUGACACACAUUCUUUUAAGGAUGAGGGUGCUGUGCAGUCAGACUAUGCAGACCUUUGGCUCCUUAAUGACUUGAAAUCCAGUGAUCCUUACAGGUCACUGUCCAACUCCAGCACUGCUACGGGUACAACAGUUAUUGAAUGUGUCAAGUCACCAGAGAAUCUGGCAACUCAGGCCUGUUGCCCCAGGUCAAGACCCACCUCACCAACACUUCCACCACAAGAAGGUGACUUCAGACUGGGCUCUCCUGAGAAACUUGCAGCAUUGGCAUCCCCAUCAAGUGGAUAUUCCAGUCAGUCAGAGACACCUACAUCUUCCUUUCCAUCUGCAUUCUUCCCAGCUCCACUUUCCCCAACCAGUGGCAAGAGGAAACCCAAAGUGCCAGAAAGAAAAUCAUCACUCUCCUCUCUUCAACAGCAGCAGCAGCUUGUCCAUCGAGAUGCAAGCUCUUCCUGCAGGAGAGAUAUGGAUUCCCAGGCACCACCUAGUCACCUUGACCUAAGUGCUCUUCACACCAAGCCCUUUGCCCACAGGAACCAGAUACACCUCCUUCAUCAGAACAAACAGAAAGCAGCUGCAGCAGCAGCUGCAUUAGCAGAAGCUCGUGCUGCUGCAAGUGCAGAGGCUUCAAGCUCAAGCCACACGGCAAUCACUGCAACUGUUCUGAGGUCAGUUCAUCUGCGAUCUACUGAUAAACCAGCAGAGGGCAACCAUGGAUCUGAGCACUCUAAUGCUGAUCAAUCAACUCGACCCAAGUGUCCCACAGUAACAGUUGAGACUAUGCCUGCUGACAACAGGUAUAACAGGAAACCACCAGCCUACAAACCACCUGCUGUGCAGCAGUGUGAAUCUCAGUGCCCACCUCCAGAAGCCAUUGUUAUACAACAUGAGGGGAUUAAAAUCAGGCAGGAAAGGCAUGGCCCGGGAACGUACUGGGCCAUGACAGCAUUCAGAACACCUGUGCAACCAACCAACGAACAAGAAGACUUCUUAACCCCAACAGCCCAAGCUUGUGAGAUGCGUGAUGAUCAGCAAGAAGCAGAGUGCAACAGGUAUACAGAUGAGGAACAAGCAUUGUCAGAUGAAAGUGUUAAAUGUGAACACAGUCAAGCACCCAGGCCACAACCUCUGGCAGAACCAUCGUUGAAAUUGAGCAGCACACUGUCUCCUCCUGCUUACAGCGAAAUACGCAGGAGUGACUUUGUACUGUGCAACAGCCCAGAUAAAUUGCCCGCCAGAAGUUUAGAAUCCUCGUCACACACUUACACAAUGGGUGACAUCAAAAGCAAAGAGGAGGCGUAUGAGACAUGUGUCACUACCAGAAGUGCCUCACAUGAUGGACAUGAGGACGAGUCAACCCCAGACACAGAAGACUACUUCAGCAAAGACUCAACGCCUAGUGACAAUUCAAAUUCUCCUCUGACUGACGACUCUAAGUUUGAUGAUGAUAGUAUAUUCCCUUCGCCUAAUAAACUACGCACAACUGAAGAUCUGUUUGCCAUGAUACACAGAUCGAAGAGGAAAGUUCUUGGGCGGAAAGACUCAGGGGAGCUCAAUGGAAAGAGUCGUCUUGGUGUCGCUCCUGUCACUGGUCCAGUUAGUCAUCCUGUGACAUGUCCAAUCAUUCCAACUAUCCCAGCUCCUGCAUCCGGCUCUCAGAGAGCACCAGGACCCAUUUACAGGAGUGCCAAAAAAUCCAGCACCUCCAAUGAGGAGUUUAAGUUACUGCUGCUGAAGAAGGGCAGUCGCACCGACUCCAGUUACCGCAUGUCUGCAACAGAAAUCCUCAAGAGCCCCAUCACUCCCAAGUCCCCAGGUGAAAUAGAGGCUUCCAGGCAACCAGAGGAACCCCCUUCACCAAUGCAGGAGUCUCCAGCCAGCACAGAGCCACUCCCCAGUACUUUCCCCAAGGCAAAUAUCGAGGGUUUCUCUACAAAAACCCUUACUAUGUCUGCUGCCUCCAGGCAAGGUCGUUCUAGGGUCCCACCUGCAGCCAGCAGCAGCAGGUACAGUACUCGCAGCCGGCUAUACACUGCCCCCAUGCAGGCAAUCUCUGAAGGAGAAACUGAAAACUCUGAUGGAAGUCCACAUGAUGACCGCUCCUCCUAGUGGUAUCUUUUGUCCCUUCUGGUAUUUUUAUUUUUUUUAACCAAUGACAAAACAACAAAUCCCUCAGAAUAAAAAUAGAAUAAAAUACAGAACAAUAAAGUGAUAUAUGGGCAUAUUUCCCUCAAUUCUAUUAGAUCUUAAAAUUAAGAAUUAAGUGGAAAAAAGUCCCCUUGUUCACUUUGAACUUUGUAUUCCAUUAAUUGAGUGAACUUUUGUUAAGCUAUUAGAACUUGUGCUACCACA